CGAGGUGAAGAAAUACCUGUGUUCGUCAGGAGUUUGUUGCGGGCAGCAUGAACAGCGUGGGUGAGGAAUGCACGGAUAUGAAGCGGGAGUAUGACCAGUGCUUCAACCGCUGGUUUGCGGAGAAAUUUUUAAAGGGAGAAUGUAGUGGCGAUCCGUGCACCGAGCUCUUCAGGCGGUAUAGAGAUUGUGUUCAGAAAGCCAUUAAGGACAAGGACAUCCCGGUGGACGGAGUGGACUUUAUGGGGCCUAGUAAAUCAAAAACAGAAUCCGACGGCUCCUCCUGACCCAACGCGGGCCCCGGAAGAGAGUGGGCCCAUAACGUCAUAUCCCCUGCACGCCUAGAAAUGAAAAAUACU